AUGGCCCUAUCUGUCCAGGAGACUACAACCAAUACCUCAACAUCACCCACUACGGAUUUCAUCUUCCCCAAGAGCUACCACUUCCCACCAUUCUUCAGCGCACAACCGACGGCACUGACUCGGCAAGCGCAGCUGAAGAAAUGGUCGAUCUUCAUACAGCGGUACUGCCAGCACCACCGGAUUUUCCAGGUCCAAAUAAUCGACGUCCUCGACACACCGCUGUUCCACAACAGUACGUUGAAGAAACGGCUGAGCCUGAAGGACGCCAAGGCCGUUAUCGACUACAUGGUGAGUAAAGACGGGGAUGAGCGUGCCGAAUGGCUUGGGCCAGAGAAGGCCGUGGCGUGGAUUUGGUGGCGCAAGCCCGAGGAGUGGGCGAAUGUCAUUGCUGGAUGGGUGGAUGAGACGGGUCAGAAGGGAACGGUGCUCACGUUAUAUGAACUGGUUCAAGGUGAGACGACUGAGAAGCAGGAGUUCUAUGCCAUGGAUAUGGAGGUACUCCGGAAAAGUCUUGCGACGCUGGUCAAGAAAGGCAAGGCUCAAGUUUUUGGAACAGAUGAUCAGCAGGGUGUCAAGUUCUUUUGA